AAAGAGGAAAAGGGCAAAUUAGCAAGGAAUUAAUGUAAUGUGUGGCAAAUAGUAGAAGAUCAAGUAAUGUGUGACAAAUUAUAAAGAACCUAACUAAAGCGUGGCAAAUUAUAAAAUCUCCCGACGAAUUUGGGCACGAACGGCGGCCUUACGGGUGACCUUGCCGGAAAAAAAAGAGGAACCGAGCCGAUUGGGUGCUGGGCCGACAAUAGGGAGCAGGCCCAGGGUGAGGCCCAUGUACUAGUUGCUUCCAAACCCCCAGAGGCCCAAGAGGCAGGACUGCCAGUCCAAGCCAUGGGCCAACCCUACUCGUAGUCCUUCACCAGGAGGACGAGAGAAGCACAAAGAAGGCAACCGCACAAAACCCUACUCCCUGCCUCCCUCCCGCGUUUAUUCGUGCUCACACUCGCCGGUUCCAUGGCGCUGUCUCCCUCCAGCAUUCGUCGGCAGGAUGUGCCCCCCCGUGAUUCGCCACAGGGGGACUCUCCGCCUCCCACCUCUCAGGGUGGAUCCAGCAAUGGAGCAAAAGCUGAUGUUGCUAGGAAGACGAAUGACAUUGAUCAUUUCUUCGCAAAAUUAGAAAAGGAAGGAUUGGAGAUAGAUGGCAAUAUAGGUAGUAUUAUUGAUAAUGGGAUGGCUAGAAUUAAAGCUGAAGCCGCAAGAGAGAACAUCGCUGAACCAAAAAGCAAGGUGUUGGUCUUACUGCUCACUAUUGCAUCUGGUACUCUUGGUUUCUUCCUGGGUGUGGAAUGGCAAGAAAAUAACAUCCGUAAGAACAUCUCCAAGGAACUUGCCAAGAAGAGACGUGCUUAGUUAAAUACCUAAGGCUUGCAGGUGAACCAACUAAGUAAAAUAGGAGAACAUUGUUGGCCAAUUAUGGUAUGCAAAACCUAAGUUUUCUGUUUCAUGUUAUACUGUUUUUUUUGGCAUAAUAUAAUGUAACUCUUAUUUGGUACCACCAUGUCGCUGUUCUAAGCUGAGUAAUUGCAGAAGGGUGUGUGCAGUGAUUAUCUAUUGACCGUUCUGAUAAUUUAUGAAAUAAUCACUGAUAUGACAAUCAGGUGGUGGUUUAGGAUUUUUGGCUUCACUUGUAUCGAUUGUUACAGAAAUCAUACACUGUCACUGUUUUGUCAUAUAUUGGAAUC